UAUGUGCCAUCUCCAACACUCGCACACGUGUUGGGCCUUAAAAUUGUAAACACGCGCAUUAAAAAUGGGCGCAACUAAAAAUAUGGACUUGAUCGGCACCAUUGAGGACGAUGCCGAGGUAGAGAAUCUAUCCGAGGACUCGGACGCAGAAGUAGAAUAUCAACCGACGAAAUUGCGGCACAAAAAGGUAACCGAAUUCGAGAAGGGAUUCGAGUUUGUGUCCUCCGUGAAGGAGUACAAUCAGGACACCUGGGAUGAUCUGAUGAAGUAUGUGAAACGCAAGGCGCGCACAAAGACAGACGACAAGAUCGCUGCCCGUCUGCAGCAGCGUGGCGGUGCCGAAGCCGUUGCCGCCGAGCAGAGCGACGAUGAUGAUGAGAUUGCUCUCUCGGACGAUGAGCUCCAGCAUGACAAUUUGCGACUGCGCGAAAAGAAACAGAGCAAGAAGAAGAAGAAAUCUGCGGACGACGACAUCGACGAAGAUGAAGGCGAGAAAAUGCAAUUCGAUGAUACUGUGGAGUCCAACGAUUUGAUAACCUCGUUCUAUCAAAUGAAUCUGUCGCGUCCGCUCAUGCGCGCCAUUGGAGUCCUUGGGUACAUAUAUCCCACGCCCAUCCAGGCAUCCACAAUACCCAUAGCACUGUUGGGUCGCGACAUUUGCGGUUGUGCAGCGACCGGAACUGGCAAAACGGCUGCUUAUAUGCUGCCCACAGUGGAGCGUCUGCUCUAUCGACCCCUGAACAACAAGGCCAUCACCCGGGUGCUGGUGCUGGUGCCCACACGUGAAUUGGGCGCCCAGGUCUACCAGGUGACGAAGCAGCUGUGCCAGUUCACCAGCAUCGAUGUCGGCCUGGCCAUCGGUGGUCUCGAUGUGAAAGCCCAGGAAGCAGUGCUUCGCCAAAAUCCGGAUAUUGUUAUUGCAACGCCGGGUCGCCUGAUCGAUCACAUUAAGAAUACACCAAGUUUCAGCUUGGAUUCCAUUGAGGUGCUCAUUUUGGAUGAGGCCGAUCGUAUGUUGGAUGAGUAUUUUGCGGAGCAAAUGAAGGAGAUUAUCAACUCCUGUUGCAAGACACGCCAGACGAUGCUCUUCUCGGCGACGAUGAGCGAACAGGUCAAGGAUCUGGCCGCCGUUUCGCUGGACAAGCCGGUCAAGGUGUUCGUCAACAAUAAUCAACAGGUGGCCUUCAAUUUACGGCAGGAAUUUAUACGCAUACGCGAGGAUAAGGAGGGCGAUCGCGAGCCCAUCCUGGCUAGCUUAAUCUGUCGCACUUUCCACGAUCACUGCAUGGUCUUUGUGCAGACCAAAAAGCAGGCGCAUCGCCUCCACAUCCUGCUCGGCCUUCUGGGCGUGCGUGCCGGCGAGCUGCACGGCAAUCUUACACAGCAGCAACGUCUGGAGUCGCUCAAGAAGUUCAAGGAGGAGCAAAUCGAUGUGCUCAUUGCCACCGAUGUGGCUGCACGUGGUCUCGACAUUGUCGGCGUGAAGACUGUCAUCAAUUUCGUGAUGCCCAUCACCACCGAGCACUAUAUCCAUCGUGUGGGUCGUACGGCCCGAGCCGGAAGAGCGGGCAUCUCCGUUUCCCUGGCUGGGGAGAAGGAGCGCAAAAUUGUCAAGGACAUUAUCAAGAAUGCCGAGAGCAGUGUGAAGAAUCGCAUCAUACCACCAGAGAUCAUUGAUAAGUAUCGCAAUAAGCUCACCGCCUUGGAGCCAGAGAUACAGAACAUACUUGAUGAGGAGCAGGCGGAACGACAGCUGGCCAAAACGGAGCAGCAGCUAUCGAAAACGGAACGCAAACUUCUCGGCCAGCCGAAUGAGAGACGCACCUGGUUCCAGACCAAGCAACAGCGCGAGAAUGAAAAAGCCCGUCUAGCUCUGACCUCCACCGAGGAUGAGGCGAAACCAGCAGCAGCAGGAGGAGCAGCAGCAGCGGGUAAAGGUAAAUUCGGUGGCAAGCGCAAGCGAGCCGAGUAUGGAGGCGAUGGUGAGGAUGGACCGUCUGUCAAAGAGGUGGAAGCCAGGCGCAACAAGAAAAAGAAGGAGGAACCUCGUAAGAAAACGCCCGAGCAGCUUGCCAAGGAGCGCGCCAUGAAGGAAAUUGAAAAGGUUUCGCUGGUACGCGCCAAAAUGGCCAAGCUACGCAAGCGUCCAGGCAAACUGGGUGCAGCCACCGAGGUGCAAAAGUAUUCCAAUGCUGACAGAAGCAAACCGAAGCGGCAAGGAAGACAAUCCGCCUUCACCAACGAUCUAACUGAUGUCAGUCGCGGCGGUGCACUGCGUCUGCGAUCCGAAGCCAAUCGCCACAAAAAGAUGACCAAAAUUGCCGCCAAGAAGAAAACUAGCAAUGUGAAGUUGACCAACAAGGCGGGCAAAAACAAAUUCAACAAGGGCAAAAACUUUGGUGGGCCGCGUUUCGCCAAAAAUAAUAAAAAGAAGUAGUAAUACGGCUAAAUACUUGUAAUAAAACAUGAAAUUAAAUAUAAAUCUAUCGUAAUUAAUUUAA